AUGUGGCUGGCCAGCUGUAUCCAAGCCUUAGCCAAGCCGGAUAGCCGCAAGAGCAUGGCCCCUGGGGCGGCGGCCACGAAUCUGAUGUCGCGUUUCAGGAAUUCCAAGUUGACGCUGCUGCUCUCCAAUGCCUUGAGUGGCAACAGCAAGACCUCCAUGAUCGGCACCUUAAGCCCAGCCUUGGCGAAUUUCGAGGAGAGCUACAGCACCUUGACCUUCGCCUCGACGGUGAAGAACAUCAAAAUCAAGGCGAACCCCGCCUCGGCGGUGGAUAAAGAUGCGCUGGUGAAGAGCUUGCAGGAAGAGUUGCAACACUUGAAGGAGCAGCUCGCGGAAUCCGAAGAGAAGACUCAUGCGGAUGCCUUGACGGACAAAUUGGAGGCCACUGAAGCCUUGAUGGAACGCUACCGCAAGGGCUGGGAGGAGGCGCAAAGCGAGGCCAAGCGUUUGAUGUCGCAGCGCGGCGCGGAUCUGGAGAAGUUGGGCGCGCCUCGGUGGAGCUGGGCCGUGCAUAGUGUGUUGGCGCGCACCAAGGAGGACUCGAAGAGGAUCCCGCAUUUGGCGAAUUAUUCGGAUGAUCCUCACAUGUGUGGCAGGCUUAUGUUCCACCCAUUGCAGGUGGGACGGGAAUAUUCCCUGGGUUUCAACCAGAAGGUCUGUGACUUUCUCGUUCCUCACGGCCUGGGCAUCCAGCAGGUAACCUGCUACAUCCAGCGCGACGCCACGGGACGCCUCUUCCUUCGCCCUGCUGCUGCGGCGGAGCCCAGCGAGCGAUCCAGCAGCGAGGAUGAGAACAGCGAGGACGACGAGGAAUGGCAGCCGCCACUGAAGAGUUCACUGGUGGCCUGCAUUGAGGUGAACGGCCGUCGCCUGCAGGAACUGGAAGCCAUUGAGCUACAGCAUUUGGAUCGUGUGGUGCUGGGGCGGUCAGUGUGUCUCUAUGCCUUCCUACAGCCUGGCAGUUCCAUUCAUGACCUUCCAGCUGAGAAGCUUCCGAUGGCACGGCCUUCGCAGCAGGAGUCUUUGAUCCUGGACAUCCUGGGGAAAGAAAGGGCUGAAGAGCCCGGGCAGCUGCAAAUGGCCUUGAAAUUCAUGUCAGAGUUGAAGCAGAAUAACUUGGACUCCGAUGGGGCGACCUCGGUCCAGGAGUUCCUAUUGAUGGCACGGAAGGCGGCGCAGAUGGUGGAGGAAGCGAACCAAAUUACUGCGGAAGUGAAACCUGGAGGGCAAACCAAUCUGAAGUUCGAGCUCUGCGCCAUUGCACCCAUCCUGGCGCUGGGCUAUGGGCGUUCCUGCUGCCCUGAGCUCAGCGUCCGGCUGGUGCGGCACAUCUCCCAGGUCCAGGCCAAGGCCAAGGAAUCGGCCCUGAAAGCCAGGAGGGCAUCAAUGCAUUCCAGUGAGAUGCUUGGAGAAUGGGGAUCGGGAGUUCCCCAAAUUUGCCCAAUCAAAUUUGCCCAACCAUCAUCAUCAUCAUCAUCAUCAUCAUCAUCAUCGUCAUCGUCAUCGUCAUCGUCAUCGUCAUCGUCAUCGUCAUCCUCAUCCUCAUCCUCAUCCUCAUCAUCAUCAUCAUCAUCAUCAUCAUCAUCUCAUCAUCAUCAUCAUCGUCAUCAUCAUCAUCAUCAUCAUCAUCCUCAUCGUCAUCAUCAUCAUGAUGAUGAUCAUCAUCGUCACCAUCAUCGUCACCAUCAUCAUCAUCAUCAUCAUCAUCAUCAUCAUCAUCUCAUAAUCAUCAUCAUCGUCAUCAUCAUCAUCAUCAUCAUCAUCGUCACCAUCAUCGUCACCAUCAUCAUCAUCAUCAUCAUCAUCAUCAUCAUCAUCACAAUCAUCAUCAUCAUCAUCACCACCAUCAUCAUCAUCGUCAUUAUCAUGACCAUGAUCGUCAUCAUCACCAUCAUCAUCAUCGUCAUUAUCAUGACCAUGAUCGUCAUCAUCACCAUCAUCAUCAUCGUCAUUAUCAUGACCAUGAUCGUCAUCAUCACCAUCAUCAUCAUCGUCACCAUCAUCAUCUCAUCAUCAUCAUCAUCAUCAUCAUCAUCAUCAUCAGCGUCAGCAUCAUCAUCAUCAUCAACAUCAUCAUCAUCAUCAUCAUUGUCAUCACCAUCAUCAUCAUCAUCAUCACCAUCGUCAUCACCAUCACCAUCAUCAUCACCAUCGGCAUCAGCAUCAACAUCAUCAUCAUCAUCACCAUCAUCAUCCUCAUCCUCAUCCUCAUCAUCAUCAUCACCACCACCAUCAUCGCCAGCUUCAUCAUCAUCAUCAUCAUCAUCAGCAUCAUCAUCAUCAUCAUCAUCAUCAUCAUCUCAUCACCAUCAUCAUCGUCAUCAUCAUCAUCAUCAUCUCAUCAUCAUCAUCAUCAUCAUCAUCACCAUCAUCAUCAUCACCAUCAUCAUCAUCAUCACCAUCAUCAUCAUCAUCAGCAUCAUCAUGAGCAUGAGCAUCAUCAUCAUCAUCAUCAUCAUCAUCAUCAUCAUCAGCAUCGUCAUCGUCAUCGUCGUCAUCAUCAUCAUCAUCAGCACCACCAGCAUCAUCAACAUCAUCAGCACCAUCAUCAACAUCAUCAUCAGCAGCAGCACCAUCAUCAGCACCAUCAUAAUCAUCGUCAUCAUCAGCAUCAUCGUCAUUUUCAUCAUCAUCAUCAUCACCAUCAUCAUCAUGAUCAUCAUCGUCAUUAUCAUGACCAUGAUCGUCAUCAGCAUCAUCAUCAUCACCAUCUUAAUCAUCAUCAUCAUCAUCAUCAUCAUUAUCAGCAUCAUCAUGAGCAUCAGCAUCAGCAGCAUCAUCAUCAUCAUCAUCAUCACCAUCACCAUCAUCAUCAUCAUCAAAAUCAUCAUUAUCAUCAUCAUCAUCAGCAUCAGCAUCAUCAUCAGCGUCAUCAGCAUCAUCAUCAUCAUCAGCAUCAUCAUCAUCAUCAUCAUCAUCAUCAUCAUUUUCGUCAUCGUCAGCAUCGUCAUCAUCAUCAUCAUUAUGAUGAUGAUGAUCAUCAUCAUCAUCAUCACCAUCACCAUCAUCAUCAUCAUCAUCACCACCACCAUCAGGCCAUCAUCACCAGCAUCAUCAUCAUCAUCAGCAGCAUCAUCAGCAUCAGCACCAUCAUCAUCAUCAUCAGCAUCGUCAUCGUCAUCAUCAUCAUCAUCAUUAUCUUCUUCAUCAUCAGCAGCAGCAGCACCAGCAGCAUCAACAUCAUCAGCACCAUCAUCAACAUCAUCAUCAGCAGCAGCACCAUCACCAGCACCAUCAUAA